AACCAAUCGACUAAAUCUAUCAGUCACAACUAAGAUGGACCCCAUCCUUCCCACUUGUGUUGUCAUGUCUACGUAGUCUAACAUAAGAUGUCUAAAUGGUCCAUCUGGUGGAGGAAAGUAAAACACUGGGAGGUGUUUAUGGUGAUAACAGAGUUUUUCAUCAUGGUGCCUGCACUGGUUGGAUUAAAAGGAAACCUGGAGAUGACCCUGGCUGCUCGCCUCUCAACUGCUUCCAACACAGGCCAAAUGGACGAUCCUGGUAAACUAUGGGCCAUGAUGUGCAGCAAUCUGGCACUUAUACAGGUUCAGGCGACCGUGGUGGGUUUCCUCGCAGCAAUGGCAGCCAUGUGUUUAGGUGCAGUUUCUAGAGGGGGGAUUGAACUUGACCAGGUCGCUGUUCUCUGUGCUAGCAGCAUCACCACUGCCUUUGUUGCUGCUCUUUCUUUGGCCCUGGUGAUGAUGGGAGUGAUCAUCGGCUCCAGGAAGGUGGGGAUCAACCCUGACAAUGUAGCCACCCCCAUAGCUGCGAGUCUAGGUGAUCUGAUCACCCUGUCCCUGUUGGCCGGGGUCAGCAGCACACUCUAUAAAUACAAAGAGAUAUGGUACCUGUCCCCCCUGGUGUGUUUGGUCUUCCUGGCUCUGAUCCCAUUGUGGGUGGUGGUGGCCCGACAGAGUCCACAGAUCAGGGAGGUUCUCCGCUCCGGGUGGCAGCCUGUUAUAGUAGCCAUGUCCAUAAGCAGUUUUGGAGGUCUAAUACUUGACAAGACAGUGAGUGAUCCCAACUUUGAGGGCAUGGCUGUCUUUACUCCUGUCAUCAAUGGAGUGGGUGGUAACUUGGUGGCCAUUCAAGCCAGUAGGAUCUCAACCUACCUGCAUUUCUUGAGCAUCCCAGGGGUGCUACCCUACAAGAUGAGGCAGCACUGGCCCUCUCCCUACAUCACAUUCUACUCCUCAGGGGUCAAUUCCAAGUCAGCACUGGUGCUUCUGACGCUAGUUGUCCCUGGUCACCUAGUCUUCCUCUAUUCCAUCUCCCUGCUGCAAGGUGAGAAGGCGCCCAUCACUGCAGCCUUCACGAUCUGCUAUCUGAGUGCUGCCCUGCUACAGGUGGCCAUCCUCCUGUAUUUUGCUGACCUCAUCAUCCGUGUGAUGUGGAGAUGGAGUCUAGACCCCGACAACUUUUCUAUCCCCUACCUGACUGCCCUGGGGGACUUGCUAGGCACUGGAUUUCUGGCCCUCUGCUUCCGUUGCAUCAACUCUGUGUAAAUGUAACAAGAGAGAAUUUUUCUAGUUCAGAGACCCACGCCCCCAACGAGAAAAUUUCUCUUUUAUUAGUACAUAGAGAUGCUCUUGAUUGAAAGAUUAUUUAGAUGCUUUAGGAAUAAUCAGAUUGUAUUGGCAGCCUGUGCUACCCCAAAGCAAGCAGUGUGCAAAUAUAUUCCUACAUCUCCAUAAUAAAAGGCACAGGCAACAAUAGUUGGCUGAAAAGGAAAAUAUUUGUAUUAAACAGAAAUAGCUAAAUUACAGAUAAUAAACAAGCAAAGCAAAUUGCAUUCUGUAGAAAUAACAAUGUUGCACAAUAUAUUUUUAAAUGGGGGUCUGGGGGUCCCCUAUAAGAUUUUGAGCACUAAA